CUCAGAAGUUGUGAAGAUGCCUGCCAUAGAUGUGGGCAAAACGUCAGGAAAGAAUGCUUCUGGAACAACGCUAUACAGCCCGGAAAGCUCACAGCAACCCAGUGAUUCCUGCCAUGAAAGCCUGCGACAAAAUAGUGUGAAUUAUAUCAGGGGCCAUAUUUGUUCUCUCCCCUUUAUUUAACCUCAAUUUUCAAAAUAGAAAAGAAGCAAUUCAGAUUUUGGCCUUGGUUUGGUUAGAUUGAUACGUGUGGGUAUUUUUAUUGUAUAUGGAUACUAUUUCUGCUGCCUGCUUAGAAUUGAGCGCAAAAGAGGCAGAACGCCUCAGUCAGUCCUGCAAAUGGUAACCAUUUCCUCCCUCCCUCUUCUCACUAAAAUGCGUACACUGAUGCUGGAAUAUAUCUUGAUUUAUCCGAGCCAGUAAACAACUCCUGAUUUCUGCAUAUUCCUGUGCUGCUGUUCAUCACAUAACAUAAUACGGUCUUCGUCUCUCCUUCUUCUUCCUGUUCCUGUGUGUUUGGUAUUACACAGAUAAAUAAUAUGCACAACUGCGCCCGCCUUUAGCAGGCUGGAAAGACUCUCAACCAAAUCCAGUAAGAUUUUCAAGACACUUUAAGUGUCAGAACAGAACAGGGUUGUUUCAAUCCUUGGCUUUGUCGUCAAGGACGUUUCAAGGUUGCACUGCGGAAGGUUUCUGCAUUCUUUCUUUUUCUUUUUUCCUCUUCGGAAAGUCAUCUAUGCAGCCUCGAAAGCACAUAUUUUCUCUCUCUUUUGUCCUUUUCUCACCCCCAUUCCACGAUUAAUUGAUAAUACAUCCAAGUAAAUAGAGAUUCUCUCUCGCUAUGAGCAUCCAAGAUGAUAAGAAUUGGAUUUCCAAUUUCUCUUAAUUUACUAACAGCCUCCUAGAAAGGGCUCAAAGGAGGACAUUUGUACAUUUGCGAAUUGUUGUCGGGUUUGGGGCCGCUUGUGUCUCUUUGGGUCUUGGGUUUAAACUUGACAUUGCACUAUGGGCAAGAGGAGAAAAAGAGAGAGGGUCGGCCUUGCAGAGCUAUUGGUGCUGUUGUCUGUUGUCAGAAGGAUUUUCUCUUUUUCUCAUGGGGUGCCUUCCAUGUGUGUAUUUCUCUCCGUGUUAUUUGUUUAAUUUUUCUGCCUUAUUCUAUUCGCUUGGGAAGCCUCGCAGCCGAAGAGGAGGAGGGAGGGAGGCGAAGAAGCCAUUGCAAAUGCGCUGGGGAGAAACAUGGACUGUUUGGCUCUCUGUUUAGAACCAAGGAAAAUGUCUACCCUCCCCCCCCCCCAAAUAUCGUCAUCUCCCCCUCCUUGAUUCCCCAGCACCCCUUUAUCUUCUUGAAAUGACAUUGAUCAUUGCCUGCGCUUAAAACCGUGACGUUUAGGUAUUGAUUAGGUUUCUGUUUCCAUAAACGAAUGGAUUCAUACGCCCCACCCAAAGAUGUCUGAUGUAACCUCCUGUUUUGCGCGCCCCAAGGUUCCCACUUGCUGAAACGGGGAAGCCGUCCCCAGGCACGGGGGAGUCAACCCUCUUUCCACCCCUUUCCCUCUUUAUCCUUCUCUGUUUUUCCACACAGUGGAACCAGAGUAAUGUUUGGGCUUCUAGGAAAGAAAGGGAAGGGAAGCAGCAAGCCGGAUGGAGAGUUUUAGGGCUGGGAAAGUAGAUGUUGCUAAAAAAACCAAGGAAGGAUCAAGACCUGUGGGGAGUAAAGGGGACCAGGAGAUGGGGGAGAAGCCUUCUUUUUGCCCCAGGAUUAGUUUGUGCCGCUCAACUCAUCUUACCAUGCUGGAGGUUGAGGAGUGUACAGCAACAAUCCCGUAAAUGUUAUGUCUAGUGUGAAAGAAGGAUGCCUCAAUUCUGAGAAAUAUUGUGGGGAAUACUCUAUCACCUUCCUGACCCUUAUUGACUGGCUGCCUGGUUGCAUUUCCAAUCAUGGCUGGUUUUGGAAACAAGUAUUUAUCGUGUCAGAGGGUACAGUUGUAAUGAAUUUUAAAACACAAAGUUUAAAAACUUGGCAUUAGACUAAAUGUCUUUUGACCAAUUGCUGUCCACUUGGAGUGCCACUGGGGUUGCUAUCAGAAGGGCAUAUGGCAGGGCUCAGACUGCAUUGUAGUAGGAGGUUUGUGGUUUGCUAUUCUCCACACUCGCAUGUCCUGGCCUCCACUUUGUGGCCCCAUUUCUUAAAGUUGGUGCCAGGGCUCAGUCUAUUCAGCGCCUUCCAAGUCGCCCAGUCUUCUGUGUGUCCAGGAGGGAGUCUCUCAUUCGGUAUUAGCCAUUGCUUGAUCUCCUCACUUGGAAACAAGCGAGGAGAGGACAUACAGGCAUACAGUGCAGGGGGACUCGUUCUUUCCUUUUUACUUGGGGCCGUGCCUUUUCCCUUCUCUUUUUGACUCUCAGUCUUUCUCUGCGUGUGGAGGGUGGCCUGGGUGUCAUUGAGCUAGUCCUGAUGGCACACUGGAUUUGUUGCUGUGUGGAAGGGAUUACCGGCGCAAGAAAGAUGGGACGAUCUGUUGCCCAGGUGAUCUGCUGCCCUACCUUUAGCUUCUCAUCUCUCCAGGGUUGGUGAAGGGAGGGGGGAAAGAGGAGGGGUGGAGAAAGGCAGGGUGGAGGGAAGAGCUGGGAAUGGUCCUAUUUGUCCAAACGAGUGUAUGCCUUUGGGCUGACUGGGUGGGCGGUUGAGUGAGUGAGUGGGUGACUUGGGAAGGGUUUUCGCGGAGGAGAGUGGGCUUGAGCAAGACAAGGCAGGCAAGGAGGACGAGAAGGCGGAGAGGCUCAAGGAGGUGCGGGGAGGGGGUCUGAUAUAGAUAUAAGGACAUUUCUUCCUGGGCUCCGUCACGUGACACAAUUACCCCUCGAAUCAAUCAAGAUGAAUUGCACGUCAGCAGCUCACAGUGGGAUUUCCCCCCCUUCCUGCGUCUCCUUGAGCUCCUUUAGCUUCUCCUCCUUUAGCUGCUCCUCCACUUCCUCCUCCUUCUUCGGGGCUGCUCUCUCUCUCUCCGGGGGCAGAUAGAUGGGGCUCCUUGGCCAGCUCCCGGGCGCCGCUGGGCUCUGUGGCUGCUGCUGCUGCGAUUACUGCUGCUCCUUGCUGGUGGAGGAGGGAGAGGAGGAGGAAGAGGAGGAGGGGAAGACAUGAGCGACUUUGACGACUGCGGCAGCCACGGGGCCUCCAGCAUGUACCUCCCCGCCGCCGCCUACUACGUCUCGCCCUCGGAUUUCCCCGGAAAGCCCCCAUUCCUGCCCCAGUCGCCCUCCUGCCAAAUGGCCUUCCCUUACGCCUCCAACCUGCCGCCCCACGUGCAACCGGUGCGCGAAGUGGCAGCGGCGGCGUUCAGGGACUACACGGGAGGAAAUGCGGGCGACGGCGGCGGCAAGUGGCCCUACCGAGGCGCCGCCACCUCCAGCUACGGCUCGGGCGGCAGCUACUACGAGGAGGUGAUGCAGGGCAGGGGGGACUUCCUGUCUCCCGGGCGGAGGGUGGAGGCGCUCUUCAAGGCGGACCCCGUCUGCGGGGGCGCCCACCGAGGCCCCCACUUCUACCACGCUAUUUCCAACACCAACUUCUACAGCGCCGUGGGCAGGAACGGCAUCCUCCCACAAGGCUUUGACCAGUUCUACGAGGCCGGCCAAGGGGUCGCAGCGUGCCCGGAGCCUCAGGAAGUAGAGAGGAAGGGCGACCCCAAGGCCUCGGGUGCCUCUCCGGCUCCCAGCCAGGAGAAGAAGCAGGCAGGCAGCCCCGGAGCAGGAGGCGGCGAGGAGGUGACCUCAGGGGAGGCCGAGAAGAAGACCCCUGGAUCAGCUCCUCCUCAGCGAUCUCGGAAAAAGAGGUGCCCUUACACCAAGUACCAGAUCAGAGAACUGGAACGGGAGUUUUUCUUCAAUGUCUACAUCAACAAAGAGAAAAGACUCCAGUUGUCUCGGAUGCUGAACCUCACGGAUCGACAGGUUAAAAUAUGGUUCCAAAAUCGCAGGAUGAAAGAAAAGAAACUGAACAGGGAUCGACUGCAAUACUUCACGGGGAAUCCCUUGUUUUGAGGGGGAGGACCCGCGGGGAUGGGAUGGGGAAAAGGAAGGGGCGCCCCCUUCUCGGCCUGCCUCACCGGGCACCAGGAGGUUUACAGGACACUCAACCCGAGGACAGACCCCAUGGCUUUUAUGGGCAACGACUCUGGGCUCUUCCCAACCACCUUUGCCUGCCACCCAGGAGAUCUCGGGGGUUUGGUGGAGAAGCAGGAGCCCCCUCAAGGGGAAACGGGGUAAAUCCAACACUCCCUUCUAAUGUUGUCGUGUGUUGUUGUUGUUAUUCUUAUUAUAUUAUUAUUAUUUUGUUUUUAAAACUGAACAAUCAUCCGUGGUUUUGAUUCCUUUCCCUUCUUCCUUUCAUGGUCGGUCCCAAAUGUAUGGGGUUGUUUUAGGAAAGACAUCAGAGGACGCCACUUUUCUCUCUGUUGGCUUUGAGAUGGAGAUAUUCCUUUUUCUCCUUUUUUUUAAAUUGAGGUGGCGGUGGAAAAAAGGGCGAUGUACCUUGGAUAUAUAUAUCUAUACACUGGUAAAGAUAUACAUCUCUGGUUGUUAUGGCCAUUGUUUUAAAACGCAUGGGACGCUGUCUUGUUCACGUGAAUAAAUGGAUGGUAGUACA